GAACUGGGUGGUGUGCGCCCGUGCCCUCUCGCUCUGUUGAAUGUUGAUCCCUUCAACAUUUCCCUUUUCUUUUUCUGAACCUAACAUUUCCCUUAUUUUAACAUUACUAACCAAUCGAAUCCUCUUGACUGCUUCUACUCCUCCUGACAAUAAUCAUCACAGACUCCACCGCCUGCUCCUCCUCCUCCUCCUCCAACCUUGUGAUCCUUCAAAACCUCUCAGUUCUUGAUGCCAAGAUCCUACUUUGCCCAACUUGUGAUUAGUCGAGAGAGGUGAUAGGAGAAACCAAUUCUAGACAGUUGAUUGAGAUUGGGGAAAGUGGGGAGAGGAAGGGGAGAAGAGAUGUCUCGGGGCGGUAGCCACGGGGAGCUGGGCCAGAGGAUCGAUUACGUCUUCAAGGUGGUUCUCAUCGGCGACUCCGCUGUGGGCAAGUCGCAGCUGCUCGCCCGCUUCGCCCGCAACGAGUUCAACCUCGACUCCAAGGCCACCAUCGGAGUCGAGUUCCAGACGCGCACCCUCAACAUCGACGCCCGCACCGUCAAGGCACAGAUCUGGGACACCGCAGGCCAGGAAAGGUACCGAGCAGUAACAAGUGCCUACUACAGGGGUGCAGUUGGAGCUAUGUUAGUAUAUGACAUAACCAAGCGCCAGUCCUUUGAUCAUGUGGCUAGGUGGCUUGAGGAACUACGUGGCCAUGCUGAUAAGAACAUUGUUAUCAUGCUUAUUGGUAACAAAUCUGAUCUGGGAACACUUCGUUCUGUCGCAACUGAAGAUGCAAAAGAGUUUGCUGAGCGUGAGAACCUCUUCUUUAUGGAGACCUCUGCACUUGAGGCUGUCAAUGUUGAAAAUGCUUUCAUGACUGUACUGACGGAGAUUUACCGGGUUGUCAGCAAGAAAAACCUUGUUGCCAAUGAGGAGUCUGAUUCUAGUGGAAACUCGAGUUUACUGAAAGGAACAAAGAUUGUUGUCCCUGGUCAAGAGCCACCCCCUACAUCCAAGGCAACAUGUUGUAUGUCCUCCUAAGCAUGAUAAUGUACCAUGUCCUCUCUGGUAGUCAGUUCCUGAUUACUUCUGCCAUAUCUGCAUGAUGAAUGGCUGGGAUUCUUGGAAGUAAAGAUGAGAAAGUCUAUAGGAACAGUUAACUCAUAUACACUGUAACUAUCUGGACGUCCUUUUUGUAUCUGAUUAUGUGAUAUAGUGCAUUCAUUAAGAAUCCUUCGCUUCAAAUACUUGCCAGUUA